UUUGAGCCAGAAUGGCGCUGCCCGUGAGCAUCAGCUCGUUACUGCAGUCGGAAUUAAUCGAGGAUUCUGUGUAUAAAGAUGAGGGGGUUUGUGUUUUAGGGAUAUUCGGGAAAAGUGCUUUGCAGUCCGGUUGCACCAAGGAGGCGCUGGUGAACGUUCUGGCGGAUAAACACGUGUUUUCUGGGUUCGGGGUGAGAGGUGAGACGGACGGUGCUGAUGUCGGUGCUUCUAUUAAAGCUCAUUACAGUCAGGAGAACCGGGUUCUGUAUUUAGUGCUCACCUCGGUUCUCGAUAACAGACAGCUCCUCCAAGCUUGUGAGACUUUAACAGUGGGACUGGGUCAUGCAGAAGCCCAUGAGUUUUGGAAAGGAGCAGAGAAGGAUCACUGUUUACAGCUGCUCUUCCUGUUUUCUGUUUGCCAUGUGUUGCUCCUGGUUCAUCCCACCUGCUCAUUCGAUGUGACCUAUGACCGCCUGUUUCGUGCCCUGGAUGCCCUGCGCCAAAAAGCUCUACCUUUACUCCGAGGUGCCAUAAAGGACUCCCCAGUGUCCAAAGAAUGGAAGGCGAACUGCAGGCCUUGCCCCCCUCGCCUGCUGUUUGUGUUCCAGAUGAACGGGGCGCUCCGGGUCAGCGGAUCCGGCCUGGGCGGAAAUGGGAAUGAGACUGCCGGGAGUGACAAGCCAAAGAAACACUCGCCCAGGAGACGCCUGCAGCACGCCUUGGAGGACCAGAUCUACCGGAUCUUCCGCAAGAGCCGGGUCCUCACCAACCAGAGCAGCAACUGCCUGUUCACCGUGCCCUCCAACCAGGCUUUCGUCUACGUGGUCCCGGGUCCCGAGGAGGACCCCGUCGGCUCCCUGCUGGGCCAGCUGCGUGCCAACUGCGCCUUACGCGACUGCGACCCGAGCACGCCUGGUCCCGGACCGAGGCGCUACCAGCAGAUGCGCCACUCCAACAGGCAGCCGUCGUUCAACCUCGACAGCGCAGGUUUGUUGUCCUCAGGGGGGCAGCUAGUGGACUGCACCCUGAAGGAGUUCCUCUGGCAGCACAUCGAUCUGGUCCUGAGCAAGAAAGGCUUCGACGACAGCGUGGGCCGCAACCCGCAGCCGGCUCACUUCGAGCUGCCCACCUACUCCAAGUGGGCGCACGUCGCCGCCAGGUUCUACCAGCUCACCAUCGAAUCCAGUGAUGACGAAGCCUCGCUGAAGGUCCAGGGGCAGCUCAAGGUGCUCGAGGGCUUCCUGGACGCCGAUGCCAAGUUCUCUGAGAACAGGUGUCAGAAGGCCCUGCCGCUGGCACACAGCGCGUACCAGUCCAACCUCCCUCACAACUACACGACCACGGUGCACAAGAACCAGCUGGCGCAGGCUCUGAGGGUGUACAGCCAGCACGCCAGGGGGGUGGCAUUCCAGCGCUACGCCCUGCAGCUUCACGAGGACUGCUACAAGUUCUGGAGUAACGGGCACCAACUGUGUGAGGAGCGCAGCCUCACCGAUCAGCACUGCGUACACAAGUUUCACCUCCUGCCCAAACCAGGUGAGAAGCCGGACCUGGACCACAACCCACCCAUCCUCUACCACAACAGCAGGGGGCGCUCUACAAGUUCCUGUAACUGUGGCAGGAAGCAGGCACCUCGGGAAGAUCCGUUCGACAUCCAGUUUGCCAACUAUGACUUUUAUCUGAUGCUGGAGGAGAAGUGCUGCAGUAAAUUGGACAGGAUCAACUUCCCGGUGUUCCAGGCCAGCACGCCCGACCCGGCACCCGUCAGCGACGAGGCGACCGGACCCCAGGAGGCGCCCGCGUCCGAAGCCGAGCGUCUGAAAGAGAAAGAAACCAUCACGAACACGCCCGGGGAGAGCACGAGCCUGAGUCUGGCGCUCAGCCUGGGUCAGUCCACGGGCAGCCUGGGUCCAUAUGGGGACGGCGCCGAGGGCCACGAGAAGAGGCCGAGCGUGGACAGACAGGCCUCCACGGUGGAGUACCUGCCCGGGAUGCUCCACUCCGGAUGUCCCAAAGGACUCCUCCCUAAAUUCUCCAGCUGGUCCCUGGUUAAGCUCGGAUCAGCUAAAUCCUACAACAGCCUGGUGGGUUUGGAGCAGCCGGGUUUCCUCCCCGGCUCUGGAUUUCUACUCCCCUGGGACGUGGUGAUCCGGAGCCGCUCGGAGGACGACGCCAGCCUGACGGAGAUUCUCGACGGCGGGGCGUCAUCAUGGCCGGCUCCCAACAAAGUGCCGACCGGAAAACGCGGCUCCGUCGGAUUAGGGCGUGGCCGGAGGCGGGACGACGUCGCUCGCAUGUACGUCGGCUUCGAGUACGAGGACGGCAGAGGCCGCCGCUUCUUCAGCUCCGGACCUGAUAAAAUAGUGAAGGUCCUCGGACAGGGUGGGGCCAAGGAGCCGGCCACACGGGCCCUCAACUCUGACAUGCCUCUGUACAUUCCAUCGCCCGCCCAGGGUCGAGGGCUUAAACCUCACUACGCUCAGCUGAUCCGCCUGUUUGUGGUGGUUCCUGAUGCUUCGAUUGAAAUCACGCUCUGUCCACAGAUUCAGCCGGGCGCCCCGCCGUGUCCCGUUUUCCACCCCGAGCAGGCGGAGGUCGUGCUGCCCCCCGACGGGAUGUGGGUCCUACGAUUCCCGUACUCCUACGUGACGGACCGCGGGCCGUGCUACCCCCCUAAAGAGAACACACCGCUGGCCAACUUCAGAGUGCUGAAGGGCAUUUUGCGUGCCAACGCUGCCAGUUCCCCUGCACAAUGAUGCACACACACACACACAGCACUUUAAUAAACGUACCGGCGAGUCGAAUGAGACGUUUGGACUUUUUCUUUGUUACUGCUUCAUGCUCAGCUGUAAAGAUUUAAUUAUGAGACGCAGUUUUACUUAAGUUAUGUUUAAAGUUUGGCAUUUAAGUCAUUUUGAUAACCUGUACCUGUAAAUUAUGUUUGGAUCUGAUUUACAGCAAAUAAAUCUGAUUGUUGCUGAAA